AUGACCUUCCUCUACUCUCUACCAGGGCAGGACUGUAGAGACCAGCCGGGGUCUGCUGGCCGCUACACAAAGUAUGAAAGCUAUGGUUCCACUACAGAGGACGCCAAGUGUAUUUGUCUGGAAGGCUGGGAAUGGGACAAAAAACUCCAUGCUUGUAAACAAUCCUCUGGGCAUACUGCAGAUGGCAAAGCUUAUCCCAUGACCAACAAAGCCCCAGUUCCAAUGUGCAAUACUGCACCAGAACCUGUUGUCGUCUUAGAGGGAGAAAAGAUGACUUUGAACUGUGAUUGUUCUGAAAAACCUGACCCCACCAUUCGCUGGAACAAAUUGGCCGCCAAUGGCACAGAAAUGCCAUGGCCAGAUGGCAUUGUAGACAAGAUCCCAAGCCUGUUCAUUCCAUAUGUGACCUUUGAUCAUGAAGGGACCUAUCGCUGCACUGGGUCGAAUGGUUCUUGGAGCAUAGUUGUUGUUGUGGAAGCUGCCCCCUACUGGACAAAACCUGGGAGACCUAAGGACACCAAUGUUACACUUACAGCUGGUGAUGAUUUUACCUUUGAAUGUGAUGCUGAGGGAAUUCCAACUCCUGACAAACCCAAGUUUUAUUCCAAUGGUCUGGAACUGGAUCUCAGUGACCCCAGGAUUGGUUAUGACGAGCAGGAGCUGACCAAGUUUACCCUGAAGAACGUCAGCAAAGACGAUAUACAGGCAUUUCAGUGUAACGUCAGCAACAAACACGGCUACCUCUCCAGAAGCAUUAACCUGAAUGUUUUACAUAGGACUCAGUUGCUUGUAGAUCCUGAACAAAAAAUUGUCUUUGAAGCAGACAAUAAGCCAACUAGUGUUAGGUUUAAUUGCUCGGCCAGGGGUGACCCAAGCACCCCACUGAACUUCACCUGGUUGUACAGGCAUGCUUCCUCCAGUUCCCCAGACACUGAGAAAUGGAUGCCUCUCCUCUCAGAGGGCCCAUACACCUUCAUCAAGGACAAUGAGCAUACAAUGGACUUGAACAUAAGUCUGGAGAAGGGUCCAGUCCAUGACCAGUACAAAUGUGUAGUGGACAACGGACAUGUGCCAGUGGAGGUGUUGGCCUCCUUGAGACAAAGGGACACAGGAACUAAAAAAACAGAUGCUUCAGAGAAAGAAGGUCUCUCACCUGAUGCUAUUAUUGGCAUAGUGAUUGCCAGCAUGACAGUUGUGUUCCUGAUUUUUCUAGACAUUCUUUGCUGCUUCAAAUACAAUUGUGGUGUGCUCAUGUGCUUGUGCACUCACCUGCGUGGCAAGGAAAUGCCCUGCGGUCCAGCUAACUGUAAAAUAGCAGAUGUGGAGAAUGGAACUGGUGACGAGAAACAAAACCUUAAAGGUGACACAGAAACAGCUGAUUGUGAAGAUAAGAAGCCUGAUGCAGGUCCAGAGGAGAUAGAACUUGAGGAGAAGACCCCCCAAUAAAAAUCAUGCAGAGGAGAACAAUGAAGAAAGAGAAAGAGAAGAAAGGAAAAUGCAUUACCAUCCUUCCAGAUACUAUGAAAAGAAAGAAAUAAAGAUGAAAUAUAAGAAAUUAAAAAAUGAAUUAAUGGCUGGAUCAAUUAAUGGAAGAAUUCUAUUUUAACAGAGUAAAAUCAGUAGAUUUUGAAUCUAGGGCAGCCAUCUAAAACUUGAAAUGCUUUAUUAUGCUUACCCAGAAAGUACUUUUUUUUUAUUAGGAAACAAUGACAGAUAAGUCAAUUUGUCUUUGAAAGUUUGUUACAAUCUCAAAUAUUUGGCAACAUUCCCAUUUAAGAUGAAAUUAUAUUAACACUACAGUAUUAUGUUAUAAUAGGGUACCUUUAUAUAGAUUUGGAUGGUGCUUAAGGCACCGUUCACAUGAAACAUCCGAAUUCUAAAAAUCCAUUAGUGGUAUUAAUGGUACCCUGAAUACCCCGCGGUGCAAUUAACAAACAGAGCGAGUGAGUUGUUUCCAAAGCUGUACUUAAUUCUCAGCUGUGCUUGGAGGAGAUUCUGACGCCUGCUAGUUAAUUGCACUGUGGGGUAUUCAGGGCACAGACCGUGAUCACUUGAUACUGCCAAUAGAUUUUUGGAUUUUUAGAAUUUGGAUUUUUCAUGUGAACCGUGCCUAAAAGGUUGUUCUUGUCAGCUUCCCCCUCCCACUGUACAUCACACGCUUAAUGAUUUUGAAAUAUUUAUUCACCAUUUUGCAUUUAGCCAAGCAAACGAAGAUUUAAAAAACAGGCUGAACAGUAAAUUGGCAUUUUUAGACAUUACAGUCAAAAUAUGAGUAAUUUUAUUCAUAUAUUUAUAUUGUAGGUUAAUCAGUUUACUUUUUGAAAUAUAUUUCUCAUUGGGUAUUUGAGAACAUUAGCAUAUAAUUCUAUGAAUAUUGGUAUCAGUGCUUCAGUUUAAUCAGGAAACUUAAUCAUUCCAUGACAUUUUGUUUAGAAUUUUUAACAUCUUCCAUGUGAUUCCAAAUUGCAAGGUGAUUGAGGAUUGAUGCUUUUAAUCUCAUUAUCUAGUCGGUAUAUAGAAAGGAAGGAAAAGUUACAGAUAAGUCCUGAUGAUGUCAAAAUUUACCAUCACAUCUAUGGUGCAUUUUUUUUUUCAAUGUAUUUGGUGAACAGUCAUUAUCAGACAGCGUUGCCUGUAUCAAGAAACAACGAAACUGCUGCCUCAGUUCCAAAAUCAAGGUUUCUUUAUUCAAUUUUAAUCACAUUUUUUAACAAUUUGCCAGUCAAAAUAACAUUUUUAUCAUGUGUAACUUUUUUUUUACUUUACACAGUGAGGUGCAUAAUGACUAUAUAUGUAAACUGAACAUAGUUUAAAAACCUUCAGAAGUCUGAUUAAUUUAUUUCAUUUUGUUGCGUUGGACAAUUUAUUAUUUUAUUUAUAAUUUUAUUUUAUGGUUUGUAGUGAAUAAUAGUUCAAGUAUUCAGUUACUAUGGAUACAGAAAAACAUUAUAGUUUAAGUAUCUGAUGUCCUAAAGUCACCACUAUCUAGUAUUCUUAGAGUGGUUUUGUAACUUAAACAAGUCUGACAACAGAGACCCUUCCUAGGAACAAUUAACACGUACAGUAUGUGGAAUAUAUCUCAGCAUACCCAGAAAUAGUUGCUUUUCUGUUUGAGAGUUGUUCUAUAUGAUUCUCUUCAUGAUAGUAUAAUGUUCAUUCAAAAACAACCCUUGAAACUACGUAUUUCAAUAUAUUUGUUGGAUUCCAGGACAAUCCCCCACCCCCCGAACAUUUCCCCCCAAGGAAUAUAUUUAUAUACAAAUAUGAAGUAAAGUUUUAAGGACAAAACAUUUCAUCCUUUUUCUUUCAAAAUAUUUUUAAUGUGAUAAUGCAACACCAUCAUUUAACGGACUAUCUUAUAACAAAUUCCUUUUAUUUAUUAAAUAUCCAGAAUCAAAGUAAAACCACCUAUCUUCCAGGUUAAGGUGGGGUAAAGAGAUGAACGGGUACACAACAUUUUAUGAAUAUUUUUAUUGAAGUGGGUAGUGGACAAGCAAUUAAAAGUGACAGAUAAUCAACGAGAUACCAAGAUAAGUGGGAAAAUAAGUUUACCAAACCUCUACCUAGAGAUGCACCUUGAUUCAAAGCAGGCAACUUGAUCAAUUAAAAGUAACAGUUAAUUCAUCAAAGGGUUACCUAGAUCAGUUUGAACAUUUGUUUACCCCACCUUUAACUGGAGCUAUACUUUGAUUAGAUUUUUGCUAAAUUUUCUGUACUCAGAUCUAUUUCAAAAACUUUCUGUGUUUGUACUCCAUGAAAAGCAUUUGUUAAAUGAAAUUAAUAUUCUGUCUUCGAGUUGCAUCAUCACACUAAGAAACCACAGUAUUGAAGACUACAGUAUUUUAAGAAGUGUUAUAAGUAUUUUAAAAACUUUGAUACAUGAUGUAUCAUUAACUUUAUCAGUGCAUGGAAGCCUUUGUCUCAUAAAAUCCACACUUGGGAAACCAAGAUGUAUACUAGUAAGUAGCUUUAGAUUAUAUUUCACAUCUAGCAGUUCAAAAUUGUUAAAAUGUCCUUUGUUUCAAGCUCAUAAUCUGUUAGUUAUCAAGCACUAACAUGGGAGUUACCCAGGGUGCUUACCAUGAAGGGGUGGACUGAUGUCUGAAGUUACCAGUCAGUUUAUAAUUAAGUUAAAUGAUUGACAAGUUUAGCAUAAAUAUCUGUGAACUUAUAUCUAGAGGAGGAUAAACAGGAGAUUGAGAUAGGGGGAGAGACUGAGGAGAGAUCAGUUUGACGUUGAGAAGUUACAUUUCUUGUAAAAUGUUGGGAAAUAUAUUCUGUUGAAGUUGCAACAU